ACUCGAAGACACGCUCACAAUUUGCAAUAAACCGCCCGCGUUUUUGUCAGGAGAGAUCAUAUAUUGAAACAAGCGCACCCUACGUUUGGGAAGGACGUUUAGGAAACCACCAUACCUCAAAAAUCAUAUUUAAUUUGUCAGACCUUUUUUGGUUGCUUACACGUCCUUGGCAUGCUUCAGAGGAGUAUAACACUGCGAUAUUUUCUCGGUCUCGUUCCUGGGAAACGUCGUUUUGGUCCGUAUAGAUUUCUUCCAGUCUUUUUUUGCAUUGGAGGUGUCAUGGAGUGGAUCAUGAUCAACGUGAGGAUAGGAAAAGAAACAUUCUAUGACGUCUACCGAAGAAAACGAUCAGAGAGGGAGUACCAGCAGAAAGUAGCGGAUGGUUUCAUAGUUAUGAAUGAGCCUACGGCCAAGUGAAGGAUGCUUGUGUGGACUCGACACGCUUCAUCAUGGACACAUCCUUGGAAUUUUGCCACAGCAUCACAAAUCGAAAAUCCAUGAAAUUAUGGGAAAAUCAUGCAUAUUUUAUUGUUUGUUUAUAUAUUUUACAAUCUAAAUAAAUGACAUUGUAUGGUCA